CAAGCAGGAAUAAUAUUGCUCCGUAUGUAAUUUAGACAUCCAUUAGUUGUUUGUUUCGAUUUAAAGCACUAAAGCAGCAACGAAAGUAAUUGAAUUAGUUUUCAUUAUGAUCGGAUUAAAUUAAAGUAUUAUUUCGAGUUACGGUUUAAUAGUACAUCUUAACUGCGAACAUGAGUUCUGGAUUCAUCACUGAGGCUGAAAUAGAGGAACAAAGACGAGUACGUCAAGAAGAAUGGGAAAAAGUUCGACAACCAGAUCAACCCAUCGAAGCACCUGAGGAAGAAAUAGAUAACCGAACUCUGUACGAACGUUUAGAAGAACAACGUCAAAAGAAAGAAUUUGAAUAUGAAGAAACUCACAGACUUAAGAACAUGAUUAAAGGAUUGGACGACGACGAAAUCGAAUUCCUAGAUAUGGUCGACCGUACGAAAAUGGAAGAAGAAAAACGUCUCAUGAAAGAAGAAGCCAAAGAGUUACAAGAAUAUCGUAACAAAGUAGCUGCUCUAAAAGAACAAUCUUUAGCUCAGAAAAUCGAUGAAGAAGUCACUCCCGUCAUUUCCAGUCUCAAUGAUACUUUAACUUCAGGAUCUAAAACGCAGCAUCAUAAAUUACUAGCAAAUUUAGCCAAAAAAAGAGCAUCAUCUGAUAAGUUACCUAGCCCUCCUGCUAAAAAAUCGGCCGACGAGAAAAGUUCCUCAGAUGCUACAGUACCUGACGAUGCUGAAUCCAAAACAGCCGACAGCCAAGGUACUGAUUUAUCUAACUCUGAUGUUAAUUUAAAUGCUAAUUCGUUCGGGAAUGGAGUUUUACGUCAAAUAAUGACUUAUCCUACGGCUAUGAAAUGUGUCGGUGUUUUACCUGGUAUUGGAUCUUACAUUUCGGAAGAUUCUAGCGACAGCGAUCAGACUUCUGGUUCGGAUAUUGAAGAUCAACAAAGUUAUGAUUUGAAAGGCCAAAAACUUCAAGGGAAAAAGUAACCGAGGAGAUACUCGUUAUAUUAAUUAAUAGAAACGUCGUUUUUAAUUUUAAGACUGUUGAAGAAUUGGUUUGAAAUUUCGAAAUUUUAAUUACGUUUAGUUUAAAAUUAUUAAAUAUAUAUUACUUUUUUUAGAAA